GUAUUAGCUAUUGCUUACAAUGACGCGUUUACUCUUUGUCGGGGCAUUGCUCUGUUUAGCUGGCAGCUUGGCUAAGCCUAGCUCUAGAAGUGACUCAGUUGUAUUCUGCUACUACGGCGAAUGGUCCAACGAGAGACCCUCAUCCGGCCGCUUCGGCGUCAGCGAUCUACCCACCGACCUCUGCACGCACAUCGUCUACUCGUUCCUUACGCUUGACGGACCCACGGGGAACCUUAUUAUACCUGAAGAUACUACUAACGAGGGCAAGACCAAUUCUGUCGCCGAUCUCAUAGCCUUGAAACAGAUCAAUGCUGAUUUGAAAAUCUUGGCUGCUAUUGGCGGCUGGGUAGAGGGUUCGGAUAACUUUUCACCGGUGGUCAACGACGACGCUCUGAGGGCAAACUUCGUUAAGAAUUUGUACGACUACAUCGACACCAAUGGCUUCGAUGGUUUGGAUUUGGACUGGGAGUACCCUUCGCAAAGAGGAGGCCUAGAGACAGACAAGGAAAAAUUCGUUUCGUUGGUAAAGGAGUUGAAGGAAGCGUUUACACCUAAAGGAUAUCUACUGACCUCUGCCGUGGCUGUCACGCAGUCACACAUUGACCUGUCUUAUGACGUCAUAGCACUCAACGAAUACCUGGACUUCAUUAACCUGAUGACAUACGAUCUUCACGGCACCUGGGACACUGAGACAGGCGCCAACGCCCCUCUUUUUGCCCAGGAAACAGAUGAUCUUAAUCUCAAUUUGAAUGUUAACAACUCUGUCCACGUCUGGAUCGAAAACGGCGCGUCUCCAUCCAAACUGCUGCUCGGUCUAGGGAACUACGGGAAGACCUUCACCCUGACCAGUCUGAACAACACCGGCACCGGGGCGCCUUUCGACGGGGCCGGAGAAGCCGGUCCUUACACUGGCGAAGCCGGCAUUUUGGCUUAUUAUGAGAUCUGCGAAGACCAGAAGAACAAUCCUUCUGCGUGGGAUAUCACUGAGGUAGAGGGCAACUACGUGUAUGCCAACAGGGACCUCCUGUGGGUCGGCUACGACAACGCUAACACUAUCUACGCUAAGGCACGCUUUGCGAAGCAAAUGGGUUUAGGCGGCAUCAUGUUCUGGGCCGCAGAUUUGGACGACUUCGGCGGCCUCUGCGGGAAAAAGUUCCCGCUCAUCUCAGCGGGCGUCAAGGGAUACAAAUCAUGCCCAUUUGUUAUAAUGCAGCGCUUACUUUUUUUCGGUGUGUUACUAUUUUUUGGCUUGGCUUGGCCUAGCUUAGGAGCAUCAUCUAGAAGUGAAUCAGUUGACGUGGUUUUCUGCUACUACGGCGAAUGGUCCAACAAGAGGCCGGGAGCCGGCAGCUUCGGCGUCAGUGAUCUGCCCACGGACCUCUGCACGCACAUCGUCUACUCAUUCCUCUUGCUCGACGGGCCCACGGGGAACCUGACUUACCCUGUUGAAUCCACGUUUGACGGAAAAACUAAUGCCGUUGCCGAUCUCAUAGCCUUGAAACAGUCGAAUGCCGAUUUAAAAAUCUUGGCUGCUGUUGGCGGUUGGGUAGAGAGUUCGGAUAAUUUUUCGCCAGUGGUCAACGACGACGCUCUGAGGGCAAACUUCGUCAAAAAUUUGUACGAGUAUAUCGACAGCAAUGGUUUCGACGGCUUAGAUUUGGACUGGGAGUACCCUUCACAACGAGGAGGCCUAGAAUCUGAUAAGGAAAAGUUCGUUUUAUUGGUAAAGGAAUUAAAGGAAGCUUUCACUCCGAAAGGAUAUCUACUGACCUCAGCCGUGGCCGUUACCCAGGAACACAUUGACUUGUCCUAUGAUGUCGUAGCACUCAAUGAAUACCUGGACUUCAUAAACUUGAUGACAUACGAUCUUCACGGCAUCUGGGAUCCAGAAACUGGUGCGAACGCGCCACUUUUCCCGCAGGAAACAGAUGGCCCUGAUGUCAAUUUGAAUGGUAACCACUCUGUCCACGUAUGGAUCGAAAACGGCGCGUCUCCAUCCAAGCUGCUGUUUGGUCUAGCAUCCUACGGAAAGACCUUCAACUUGACCAGCCUGGACAACACUAGCACGGGGGCGCCCUUCGACGGACCAGGAGAAGGUGGCCCUUAUACUAACGAAGACGGCGUUUUGGCUUACUAUGAGAUCUGCGAAGAUCAAAAAAACAAUUCAUCUGCAUGGAACAUCACUGAGGUAGAGGGAAACUACGUGUAUGCCAACAAGGAUCACUUGUGGGUCAGCUACGAUAAUCCUAACACUAUCUAUGCUAAGGCACGAUACGCUAAAGAAAUGGGUUUGGCCGGAAUUAUGUACUGGGCUGCCGAUCUGGACGACUUCAACGGCCUCUGUGGGGAUAAGUUCCCGCUCAUCACAGCGGGCAUCGAGGGAUUCAAAUCAUCUGCUUCUAUUGCCAGUGUUACAUCGUUAUUAUUAUUAGGAUCUCUGUUCAAUAGUCUUAUCAUCUUAUUUUAGGUUUUUAAUGAAAUAAAGAGUGAAACAAUGCGUUGGAUAAUUGAUUCAAGAGUAGGUAUCCUGCACAGACGGAUUGAAAUUUUUAUAUUAGGUUGUGUAUGCCGCCCACACGUUACAAGUACUUACUCAUACCUACACAUGUCACGCAUGUGACGCAUGCUACACAUAUCAAUUGCACCUAAGUUUUAUCUUAUCACUGACACUAUUAACGUAGGUAUUAGACGUGCAAAAAAACGUUUAAAAAAUGAUGUUUUGAGCCUUUUUGCUUUAGUGUCUUGUCACACUAAAGAGUAUGAGUUUUGUGAUAUAGUAUGUACUUAGGGUAGACUCAACUAAUGUAUGAAAAUAUCAUGUGGAUAAUGAUGUAAAAAUCAGUUCUGGAAUAAACGCCGUACGAACAA